GACCUGCCCUGGGGAAGGAUAGGGAGGGAAGGAGGGGGCGGAACGACCCCUGCGUCCAUUCUCCCAUCUCCAGCGGCGGCCGAGUCUGCAGAGGACCGGGGGCGUGUGCAAAUGGCUAGUCUUGGCUUGGGUCUGGAAGAGCUGCAGCACGACCCUCCUCCGGAGCCAGCCUUCCACGAGGCGCAGAAGUGGAUCGAGCAAGUAACUGGCCGAAGUUUUGGUGACAGAGAUUUUCGAGCAGGACUAGAAAAUGGCAUCCUGCUUUGCGAGCUGCUGAAUGCUAUAAAACCAGGACUUGUAAAAAAGAUCAAUAGAUUGCCCACCCCCAUUGCAGGAUUGGACAAUAUCAUCUUAUUCUUAAGAGGCUGCAAAGAGCUUGGACUUAAAGAAUCUCAACUCUUUGACCCAGGUGAUCUCCAGGACACUUCAAAUAGAGUAGCAGUCAAGAGCAUUGACUGUAGCAGAAAGCUGAAAAAUGUAUUAGUUACCAUUUACUGGCUGGGGAAAGCAGCAAACAGCUGCACAGCGUAUAGUGGAACCACACUGAACCUGAAGGAGUUUGAAGGAUUGUUGGCACAGAUGCGAAAGGAGACUGAUGAUAUUGAAAGCCCUAAACGUAGCAUCCGAGACAGUGGCUAUAUAGACUGCUGGGAUUCUGAGCGCAGUGAUUCCCUCUCUCCACCCCGGCAUGGUCGAGAUGAUUCUUUUGACAGUCUGGACUCAUUUGGCUCCCGUUCUCAGCAGACACCCUCCCCAGAUGUAGUCCUGAGAGGAAGCAGUGAUGGCAGAGGAAGUGACUCGGAAUCUGAUUUGCCUCAUCGAAAGCUGCCAGAUGUAAAGAAGGAUGACAUGUCAGCAAGGAGGACUUCUCAUGGUGAGCCGAAAUCAGCAGUGCCUUUUAACCAGUACCUCCCCAAUAAGAGUAACCAGACAGCUUAUGUACCUGCGCCUCUGAGAAGGAAGAAGGCAGAGCGAGAGGAUUACCGGAAGAGCUGGAGUACUGCAACUUCACCCCUAGGCGGGGAGAGAACUUUCAGAUACGGUACCAGAACUGCUGUGUCUGAUGACGCAGAGAGCAUGAGUAUGCUUGACAUGCGGUGUGAAGAAGAAGCCGCCGCCGUGCAGCCCCAUAGCAAGGCUCGGCAGGAGCAGCUGCAGCUUAUUAACAGCCAGCUGAAGGAAGAGGACCACAAAUGGCAAGAUGACUUGGCUCGUUGGAAAAGCCGUAGAAGAAGUGCAUCUCAGGACCUGAUCAAGAAAGAAGCUGAGAGGAAAAAAAUGGAAAAAUUAUUGGCUGGAGGCGAUGGAACAAGUGAACGAAGGAAAAGUAUUAAAACCUACAGAGAGAUUGUUCAGGAAAAGGAACGGAGAGAGAGAGAGCUACACGAGGCUUAUAAGAAUGCCCGCUCCCGAGAGGAGGCAGAGGGGAUCCUCCAGCAGUACAUCGAAAGGUUUACUAUUAGCGAGGCUGUCCUGGAGCGCUUGGAGAUGCCAAAAAUUCUGGAAAGAAGCCAUUCAACAGAGCCAAACUCAUCUUCCCUGAAUGACCCAAAUCCCAUGAAAUACUUGCGGCAACAGUCACUGCCUCCUCCCAAAUUCACUGCCACUGUUGAAACUACCAUUGCUCACCCCAGUGAACUGGACCCCAGUGUUUCAGCAGGCAGUACAUCUCCAAGCAAAACUGUUGUUCCAAAAGCAGUGCCUAUGCUGACACCUAAGCCUUACCACCAGCCGAAAAACACACAGCAGGUUUUGAAAACCUUUAAGGUAGAUGAAAAAGUCAGCGUGAAUGGAGAAACUUUUAAUGGUGUAGAAGAAGAGAAAGAAAGAGAGUGUACAACAGCAACAUUUUCCCCCUCGUUAACUAGAUCUCAGAGAUUUGAAGGUGUGGCCAGAGUGGAUGGCUCCCCGGUAGAGCUGAAGCAGAACAUCGGUAGCGUUGAGAUCAGUGUAAAGAAGGCAAACUCAUUGAACAGAGAAUUAACAGCUUCCACCAUUGAGGAAGCUGAACUGCCACCUCAAAAGGAUGAAACUGAUUUUGGACAAGAAGAAAGUAGGAACACAGAGCGUGACUCACCAGAGUGUCAGCACUUUACAACGACUGUGACUCGAGCCAGCCCAACUGUGGCUUUUGUGGAGCUCAAUCCCAGCCACCAGGCUACAGACCACGGAGCAGAAGACAAAGGCCAGAGAAAACUGGAUAGUGAAAUGAGUGGAAAGGUGGAGCUGGUGCUGUCACAGAAGGCAACGAAGCCAAAGUCUCCAGAACCAAAAGCAGUUCUGUUGUUUCCGUACCUGAACCAAGUACCAGAAACCAGCCAAUCAACUUUGCCAAAUCUUGAUUCACAAGUGGAGUCUAAUAGCAGUGAGAAGUCACCUGCAAAUACACCUCGUUUCAACUUGUGGGCAUGGGAUCCAGAGGAGGAGCGCCGCCGGCAGGAGAAAUGGCAGCUUGAACAGGAACGUUUGCUUCAGGAAAGAUACCAGAAGGAACAGGACAAACUGAAAGAAGAAUGGGAGAGAGCACAAAAGGAAGUGGAAGAAGAAGAGCGUAGAUAUUAUGAGGAGGAACGCAAGAUCAUUGAAGAUACUGUGGUUCCCUUCACAACUUCUUCAAGUUCAGCUGACCAGAUUUCUACCUCCUCCUCUGUCACGGAAGGAAAUGGGCCAGUGAAUAAGAUGGAAUUGGAAGAUUCUAAAGAGAAAGAAAAAAGGCAAAGACCACUCUGGGAGGAAGAAAGUGACUUGCUGCUGAAAAAUAAGGAGAGUGAUGCUUUAGAGGAAACAAGGAGCAGCGUACCACAGGUGACCCCAGCACAUCCAGAAACCUCUGUCCCAAAAGGAAGUCAUCAGGACCAUCAGUUGUCAGCAGCUGAGCCUGGUACAGCAGACCGCAGGCUGAACCUAGAGUUAUCUCAGGACACAUCAUGGAAUCAGCCAUGGUCACCUGCGCCAUCACAUGCAUUAGAAGAUGUGAAACAGAAAACCCUCCCAGCGGAUCAAAGCAUCAACCACCAGGUUGCCUCUCCCAGUGAGAGAAGGAAGACAAGCCCUCUUGAGAAUUUCAGAGCUGGGCAGUUAUCCCCAUGCUCUCCUACCCCUCCCGGCCAAUCUCCCAACAGGUCUAUAAGUGGAAAGAAGUUAUGCUCUGCUUGUGGCCUUCCUCUGGGGAAAGGAGCCGCCAUGAUCAUUGAAACACUUAGCCUUUAUUUUCACAUCCACUGCUUCAGGUGUGGAAUCUGCAAAGGACAGCUUGGAGAUUCAGUGAGUGGAACAGAUGUCAGGAUUCGCAAUGGCUUGCUGAACUGCAAUGACUGCUACAUCCGGUCCAGGAGUGCUGGUCAGCCAACAACAUUGUGACAUGGUUUUCACUCUCACAAAUCGCCUCCCACUCCUCCCUUUGGGGAUGUCCUGGACAAUCACUUACAAAUGCCCAUAUUUGUGGGGUUUCUUGGCACUCAUUUAAUUUUUAAAAAGCUAUACUAAAAGGCUGUGUCUGUUCCUUUAUAGCGCAAUGUAUGUUUGUGUUUUCCUUUUUUUUUUUCCAUUUUGCAUUUGCACAGUAUCUCUUGAGAGAAUAUUGAGUUAUUUUGAUCCCGAAUCCUUCAGAAAGUUGCGUGGGGUUUCUUUGGUAUGGCAAGAUAUGUUGAUGAUUUAAAAUGUGAUAUUAUCCUUUUCGGGAAUUAAGAUUAAAAAAAUGCAACAAAACCUUCUGUUUUGAAAUUUCUAGAAGCUAAACAUUUUAAGUUUACGAAACUGAACUAUAGAAAGUGCAGGACAUGCCAAUGUGAGAUGAGCACUCUGCUGAGGGAGCAUCUGAUGAAUACAUUUCUGAACUAAAAAUCACAGAGAGUGAUUUUCUGUUAUUGAGCUAUAACUUUUUUUUUGUACAAAGAUAACUAGUUUGAGAAUACAUACUGUAAUUCUGAACCAUUUGUGUUCUGUACCUUUCGAGGGCAGGCCCAUAAAUUAUUGCACCAUUAACAUUCGUGUACUUUCAAAGUUACAUCAUUAAUGUAGAUUAUUCUGUCAAAUAAAGAGAACUCUUGUAAAGCCUGCUGGGCCCAUACUCUGACUGAAUGGAGGCAUUUCCCAAGAGUGUGAGAAAGAGAGAUGAGAUGAUUUCAGUCAGUCCUUUUUUAGGAUUAUUGCAGUACUGUGCUACCCGAAUCUGAGAGAGGAAGAGGAAGCUGACUCUCUCCCAACAACAAGUGGGAUGUCAAGAGCAACAAUGAUAACGUGAUGUUCUUGGUCAAUAUCAUUUACAACAUUCCCAGGAGAAAGAGCAAGAGUUGUUACAUAUCGGUCUAGGAGGGAUGCAUCAUAUGUCUUGGGUACCUGGUGCCCUGUGCCAUAUAUGUACAGAGAUAAGCUUGAGAGCCUCUGCUUAAAAAUCACUUAAAAAGGAUGUGAUAACAUGCGAUAUUUCACUGACUUGUGUGUGAGCAGCAAGAUCCUACAGGGCACACUGUACCUUGUCCAUUUUAAUGGCUAUUUGCAUGUUCCUCUUAACUCUCUUCUUCAUUGUCAAGAGUUCCAGCUAUUAAUCAUGGAGAACUUUAACCAGGAAUUGAUUUGUUUAACUCCAUGUAUCACAUAAUGAAUUUCAGCUGGCUGAAGAAAGGAGAAAGUUGUUGAAAAUCCUCAUUUUAACUUUCCCGGGAUUUUUUUCUUGAAAACUAGGGGUGGGAGGGCAGGGGAGGAGCAGGUGGUGUUGGGACACCUAUUUAUUCUGCCUUAAAACCAUGUUAAAUGAAUAAAGAUUUGUUGCGAAUGUGGAAGAUAAACCCAUUAACGGUAUGUUACUGUAUUAGUAAAGGGAUAUAACGUGGCUGUUUAUUAGAUAAGCAAUAAUUUUUCUAUGUGUUAUUUGGUAUAGCUAGUGAGUAUUUAUUUACAUGCUAUGCUAGAUGGUCCUUUGCAUGCCAGUUCCGUGCUUGUGCAGAAUUUCUUCUUGGUUACUGAAGGUAUUGUUACUAUGUUGUCAUUUGGAAAUGCUGUUGGAUUGAACCUUAAACAUCAUUUCAUUAAAAUUGUGCCUUAGAAAAUGCAAAGCUGUUGCACAUAGUCAGUGAUGACUUAUGGAUACAGUGAAUUUAAGAGGAACGAAGUCAUUCCUGAGACCUUCAGUUCCCGAGACUCCUCCUGGUAGUGGUUGCUGUUUUACAAAAAUGAAAAAAAAAUAGUUUUGGAAAUGUACAGAUAUUCAGUCUGAUAUUUUGAUUAACCAUCUGCAUGUUUUAUUGUUAGAUAUUUUGAUAAUGUUGAUGUUUACAUUUUGCAUGGUGUUCACAGAGUACUCUCUCACGUAAUGCACAAAACAUGCACAAUUUCAAUAUUCAUAACCGAUUUUUAUAGAACCCUUUUUACCUAUGAAACUCCAUCCGUUACAUAAGAAAUACAUGAAUAUUGCACAUUCUUUUCUGGUUCCCAUAGCCUCAUUUAUACAUUUUUCUUAGUGAGUCUCAUCAUACGUGUAUUGAAGCUAGAAUCCAGUCAAGAAAAAUAAAGACCCAUUUUCCAGCCGCAAGAUACUCUUUUUUUUUCCAUAAUGAACUCUAGUCACCAGCACAGAAUCAUCUCCAGCAUUCUAAAUUCUAGUUACCAACUGUUCCUAUUUCUAUUUGAUUUAUAUUUCAUUCGGAGUCUGCUAAAUGACAUUUUAGAAAGCCUAGGCCUUUUUUCUCCAAUUCAACAUAAUAAAUAUGAAGAUUUCUUGUUAAAUAAUCUCAGAGAUCCCAGGGGGAGAAAACAACCACAACAACAACAAUGCUUUACUACACUGGGUUGUACUAUACAUGUGUGUUGAGUUUUAGAAUGAAACAAAGAAAGAAAAGGAGAAAAGUAAAUGAUUUAUUAUUCUUGAGGAAAGAUGAGAUCUGACUUUUUCUUAGAUCCUCCGAAAGCUGUUCCUUUCUCAUUCUUCAGAAAACAUGGAUAACUCCACUAUAACUGUGUAUGUGUGUUUCACUGUCAAACUUUGAUGGUGUUUCCUCACUCUUUCUAUGUAGUGUUAUUAAUAUGAAACAUACCGUAGUUAUCUAUUUGAAGCAUCAAAGUUAAUGAAGUAAAAGGACCUACAUCAUAUGCAAGACCAGCCAGAAGAAUACUUACUGUUCUAGGUUGGCUAAUGUGCUAUAUCAGUUACACUAACCUUCAUUUACAAUAUUUAUUCUAAAAUGCCUCUGAAGAGUAGCAAAAAGUUGUCUAAAAUGCAACAGCUUUUAUAGUAAAUGUACAUUUAUAAAUAAAAUACUCAAAUGAA